AAGCACAAUUAGGGUUUUAAAGUACACGAAAAUGACGAUGAUGGGGUUCUUGAAGUGGGACCCAAUGGUUCGGUGACCUGCGAAGAUUGUGAAGAGUACGAUCGUGUAGAGUGAGUCGACUGGAGUUGAGUGGAUGGAGAGUGAGUCAGCGAGGUCGACAGAGAAAGAUUGGGGAAAGAAAGUAUCAGAGAAGGUGAUAUCUGCAUAUAAAAGUCUUCCAAAGAAAGGAAAGCCGCAGGGACGCGAAGUCACUGUGUUGGCUGCCUUUCUCCUCUCUUCUCCUUCUCAAGGUUUGGAAGUUGUGGCAUUGGGAACGGGAACUAAAUGUAUUGGUGGUUCGCUCUUGAGCCCGCGUGGUGACAUUGUCAAUGAUGCCCAUGCUGAAAUUAUUGCCCGAAGAGCUUUAUUGAGGUUCUUCUAUACAGAGAUUCAAUGUCUUUCAAAUGCUUUGAAUAUAAAAGGAGCCCAAGAGUUGCUGGAUAAUGAUGUAACCAAUAAUUCAGUUUUCCAAUUGGACUCAACAGGUCCUGGCAAAGGGAAAUAUAAAUUAAGGGAGGGUUGGCAGUUACAUCUUUACAUAUCUCAAUUGCCAUGUGGUGAUGUUUCACUAAGCUCAUCUUUGCCUCCGCUUAGAAAUAUCGAUGCAAGAGAAUGUAACUCAUCAGCAUCUCUGCAUAAGCUUAACAUUUCCAUGGAAGAGAUUAACGAGGCUUCAAGAACGAAUAUCAUUAAUGAUGAUGGCCUGCAAUACACUGGAAAGGUUCAAAGGAAGCCUGGUCGUGGUGAUACGACGUUUUCAGUUAGCUGUUCUGACAAGAUAACUCGUUGGAAUGUUGUUGGAGUUCAAGGAGCUUUGCUUUCUUACUUUCUUCAACCUGUUUACCUUUCUUCCGUUACUGUUGGACAGUCCCCUAACAUUUCUGAAGAUUUUCCCUUGGAAGAUCACUUGGAAAGAUCAUUAUAUGAUCGAAUUUUGCCAUUAUCAAAUGAGGUUAUGGGCUCCUUUCAAGUAAAUAAGCCACUAUUUUGGGCAGCACCAAUACCACCAAGGGAGUUUCAGCAUUCUGAGACUGCUUCAACCACAUUAACAUGCGGGUAUUCCAUAUGUUGGAAUAAGUCUGGACUGCAUGAAGUUAUUCUUGGAACCACUGGGAGAAAACAAGGAACCUCUGCUAAAGGGGCACUUUCUCCAUCUACUGAGUCAUCUCUAUGCAAAAAGCGGUUAUUGGAGGUUUUCCUGUUGCUGGGGCAUGAAUGCAGAAUCAAACGCCAAACCAGUGGCCUUUCAUAUCGAGAACUCAAGGAUGGGGCUAAGGGAUACAAUUUACAUUCAAAAAUUUUUAAAGGGAGAGCACCAUUCAGAAGUUGGCUAUUGAAACCUUUAAAUUAUGAGGCCUUUUCCAGAGCAGUGAGCUGCUAGACUAGUAAUCUUACUUUUGACUACUUUGAGCACUUUUGUGCGCUGUAAAAGCUGUUGAAGAGCUCCCUUGGCAAGUUUCAAUUUGGUUGUGAGCUAUCAAGGAUGGAGCAUUUCUUGGUUAUUCCCAUUUAGUGCAUCUGUACUCAGAAAUCACAGUCUAAUGACAUGGUCCUGCUGCCCAUAUUUUUUGGCUCAAGAGCUUUUAACAGAGACUGUAACUAAGACUUGAUCAUUAUCUCAAUGACAUCAAGCAUUCUCUGUAGCUCUAUUUUUGGGAGGUGUGAUAGCAUAGUGCAGAGAUUCCAAUGCAGAGAAAUAGAAGAAGCAGUUUCCUGAGAAAACUGCAAUUGUAAUUGCGUAAAAUUUGUCUCAAGACAGAAGGUAACUUGCCCGUGGGUGAAGCACUGGGCAUUGUGGAAUUACAAGUCAAAGCUUCUUCUUCUUGUUUUAUAUGCGUUGAGAUCUGAUAUUUCCCUGUUUUAUGCCUAACUUACAGGAUGAGAUUAGAAAUUAGAAAACAUACGGUAUAUUUUAUUGAAAGUGGUCACUCUUCUUCUUCGCUGUAAGGCCUUCUUUCGAGCUAAAGCUAAACAUUUACCUUGGUCACUUUUUUAGUGUUAUUCUUCAACUAAGUAAUAUAAUAUGAUGUGGUAGCAUUUAAUUGA